AUGACAAAGGAUACAAGUUCACAAGGCUAUCUUGAUUUAAAAACCGAAUUACGCUCAAUACUUAUUAGUUCUCAACAAGGUUGUACCGAACAUCAAUUACUUAAGGAUUAUGCUGAAUAUAAUUCACGUAAAGAAAUACCCUUUCGUGAUAUGGGUUAUAAAACUUUACUUGAUUUAUUAUCAUCGAUGCCUGAUGUUGCUCGAAUUGAUUAUAACAGAACACCACUGACUAUUCAUGGUGUUGCUGAUCAAAGUACAGCUCAUAUUAAAAAAUUUGUUAUGACUCAAAAAAGAAAGAAAACUACACGAAGUUCACGUGGUACAGUAAAUAGAUAUAAUAAUUCAUAUAGUUCAUAUAAUCGAACAAAUGGAUCAUCGACAUAUUCAAGAAAUCGACCACCACAAAAUAAUUAUGGUGGUAGUACUCUUCCAUUUCAACCAUAUAGUCAACUAGGACAUGUUAGUAAAAAUCAAUGGAAUACAUUUAAUACCCCACCACCUCAAUCAUACCCUACGACAUCGUAUUCCAUGCCACCUGUAAUAAAUAAUUCUAAUCAAAAUUACAAUCAUCAAAAUUCAAAUGAAAUAAAUCAAUCAUCAAUGUCAAGAACAGUUGCUUCAUUUCCACCAAAAAGUACUCAGACACCACCGCCACCAAUGUCUGAAUUAAUGUCUAUUCAAACGGCAUCAAUGAUGGAUGACAAUUCAUCAGUCAUGGAUGAUGAUUUAAAUUAUACGGAAGAUGAUGAAUUAGCUUCUUACGAUGCUCAACAAGCAAGCAUACAUGGAGAAAAAAUAGUUGUUCUUCGAAAACGUAUUCGACAAAUAUUAUUAAAACUUCAAAAAGGUAUAUGGCUUUCAAAUGUUCAGAAACUUUAUAAGAAAUAUAAUGAUGAAGAAUUUAAUCUUGAGGAAUAUAAAUUUAAAAAUUUAAUGGCGUUUUUUGAUUGUAUAUCUGAUUUUGUUGAUUCUACACGAGAUCCAACACGUGAUUCAUCUGAUCGAAUUCUUGUACUUAAACCAAAUUUUACUGAGGCUACUAGACGCGAACAACAACAACAAUUCGAAAAAAUAGAAUCAAAUACUCCCGUAUCCAGUGUAACGGAUCAUCAAAAUUCCACGAGUACAGAUCAAAAUUCGCUUGGAUUUAUACCAAAUGAUAUUCAUUCAUCCAUAGUUGAUAAAUCAUUAUUUGUUCCAUUAGAUUUUCAUUAUAAACGAAUUGACUAUACAUCAAAUGAAUUAUUUAAUGGAUUCUUAGGUGAUGUAGAGGACCCAUGGUUUCUUCAUGUUGGAAAUGUUCAAUUUAUAUCAAAACGUGAAUAUAUGAUGACACAAUUACAGGAACAUUAUGAACAAUCAUUAAAUCAAAUGAUCUAUGUUAUCCCAUUUGAACAAUUAGAAAUAAAUUUAUCCUGCGUUUAUUAUCAUACAGAUCAGAUAUAUUAUCGUUCAUUCAUAACACAAAUAGAUCCUAUGGAUAAUUGUGAUAUUGCUAUAUUAAAAAUUUAUCUUGUUGAUUAUGGUACAACAAUCUCUGAUAUAAGAUAUCAUAUGAAUUCAACAAAUUUAAAAUAUCUUCAUUUAAAUUUUUCAUCCCUGCCAACACAAGUUUAUGAUUGUCGUUUAGCAAAUAUAUAUUAUCCAAAUACAUCUAUACAAUGGGAAGAUGAAUCUCGACAAUGGCCAGAUGAAUCUAGACAAUUUAUUAUUGAUUUAUGUUCGAAUAGAAAUUUUUUUGUUGAAAUUAUUGGUUCUUUGGAUUCAUUUUAUUCGAUUUAUUUAUGGAUCGAUGAAAAUCGACAACAAUCAAUUAAUCAAUUACUUAUUCAACAUAAUUUAGCUAUUGAAUGGAAUGAUGCACAAUAUUCUGAAUUUGAAUCAAUACCAUCGAACAUACAAUUAAAUACAAAUCAUACGAAUAAUUCUAUUGAUCAAAGCUUAUUAUUACGACCAAAACAAAAUAAUAUUGAUUAUAAUAUAGAUGGAAAUAAUAUCAAAUACUUCCAAAUAUCAGUUGAGCAUGCAUAUUAUUUUGUUAAACAUCCAUUUACUGGACGACCUUGUUUACCCUGUUUUGAAGUUGCACGAUUAUUGAAUGUAGAUGAAAAUUCUCUUCCACAAUUCAAUCUUAUACGAGAAACAGAAAUUGAAUUUUCGAAAUUAUUUGAAAAAAUAUUUCAUGAUUUACGAUGCAUUCCAGAAUCAAGUAAAUGUCCACAUAUCAAUCGGAAUGAUAAUAAUGCAACAAUUAUAAUUUAUGAUCUUAGUUCAGUUCGAGAUUAUUUAAUUCAAACUAAAUUUCAAGAAGGUGAUAUUCUUGAUGCAUUUCGUCAAGAAUAUGAGGAUUAUGAAAGACCUGGAUAUUGGAAUGAAACAAAGAACUCUUAUACAAAUACUGACAAUCUGGAGUCACAUCAGGAAAACUUAUAUCAACGAAGGGAUAUAUUAAAUUUCCGAAGGGAACAAUUGGUUUCAUUAUCUAAAAAUUAUUCUAAUUUAUCAUCUCAAAAUGAAAUACAAGAGAUUGAAGAUAAAUUAAAUCAUCUUCAUCAAGAAAUGCAUUCUAUGAAUAGUACAGUUCCUUCUCCAAUAGAUCAUAAUAUGAAUUUAAAACCAAUAUCAUCUUCAACUAAAAUUAAAUCCUCAAAUAAUAAAAUGCGUGAAACACGUUAUCGUAUAGCACGUCCAUUUGACCAACAAUUUUCUUUAAAUAUUCGUUUUCAUCAUCAAAAUAUUGAUAUUCAUACAAUUGAUCCUGAUGAUAUUGAAGAUCGUUUUCAAGAUUUAUAUCGUAUAACAAAAAAUGUUAUACAAUUUUUUAAACUUGAAUCGGAUAUAUCUGAUGAACAAGAUCGGCUUUUAUUACAAGAAGCAAAUAAUAAUUUACCAAAUUUAAUUAGCAAUAAUAUAUCAUUAGAUGAACGUAUUGGUAUAUAUAAUUAUUGUUUAGGAAUUAUCGAAACAUUUCAACCAACUAUUCGAUCUUAUGUUCAAAAUCCACCUCGAUUUAAUCAAUUCCAACAACAACAAAUCAGAGCAUAUGUAACAGGUGCUUCACAACCUCGAAUGGCUUCAUAUGAUGCACGACAAACAACUAAUACAAAUUUUCUUGAUGAUCGUCGUGUGAUAAACGAUUUAACAUCAUUACGAAUUACUGUUAAUAACAAUACAAAUGAUAAUAAUAAUAAUAAUCAUUAUCAAAAUUCACAAGAUUCUGCAUUUCGUUUAUCUGAAUAUGAAGUCGAUGAAUAUGGAGAACAAUAUGAUGAAGAAGCUGAUAGAGAAGAAGAAGUUAUUAAUAAUAUUCAAAUGCUUUUGACAGAAUAUGCUCAUGGUAUUCGACUUUUGGCUUUAGAUGAACUUUAUCAAAAACAAUUUGGCAAUAGUCUUUUAACUGAAUUAAAACUUGCAAAUAUAUUAUUACUUCAAGAUUAUGUUGGUGAUUUUGCAAGUAUCUCACGUCAUGGUGAAGAAAAUGGUUCAUGUGAUCAUAUUAUUACACUUUUGGAUCCCAAACAAGUUGCACAAACACAAGUUCAAUUACUUCAACAAAUAACAAAUUCGGGCAUUGUUCCAUCAAAUUUUCGUUAUGCAAAUAAUCUUUUUUCAUAUAUAAAUGAUUCACGUUUUCAAGGUUUUGUAUCAAAUGUUGAUAAAAAUGAACAUUGUAUUCAUAUACAACCAGCUCGAUAUCACGAACAUAUUGAAACAUUAAUGGAAGAACUUGAUUCAUAUUAUUCAAGUUCAAUAUCAAAUACAUUAAUUAUCAAAAACGUUGAGACAGGUUUAUCAUGUGUAACACAAUAUGAUGGAAUCUAUCAUCGUGUAUUUAUAAAAGAAAGUGAUUUAUAUAAAUGUGUUAUUGUUUAUGUUGAUUAUGGUACAACAGAAGAAGUGAAUAAAGAAGAUCAACAAUUUAAAUAUUUAGUUACACAUUUUGCUGAAUUACCUUGUAUGGCUAUUGCAUGUCGAUUAGAUAAUGUUUUUUUUCUACCCGAUGAUAAUCAAUGGCCAAUAGAAACAUAUAAAGAAGUUUAUGAAUUAUGUAAACAUGGCCCAUUGUUUAUUGAACCAGUUGGAUAUAUGAAUGGACUUGUAACAAUUAGGAUUUCGGAUGCUGAUGGAACAUAUUUAAAUGAUAUUGUUGUUGUCGAUUUAAAACUUGCAGUUAACAUAGAAAAACAUUCCAAUAAUGCUGCAAUAGAACAAUAUGAACAAAAACAAUCAAAUGCACCAAAUCCUGUUGAAUUAAAAUUCGAUUUUAUAGAUACUGCUCGUCAAUGUCCAUUACCAGAUUCCCGACCAUCUACACCAGAAACCAAUCAAAUUAAUUCGGAAUUUAAAUUACCAGAAAAUGAUAAUUUUCAACAAACAGAUCAUUUUUCCGAUGCUGAAUAUCAAUGCAAAUUAAUUACAAUUGAUGAAAAUAAUUCAUUUUAUCUUAUUCGUUAUAAUGAUAACAGACCAUUCAUUCCAUGUUUCAGUUUAGCACAUCUUUUAAAUGUAUCUGAAUCAGAUCUUCUAUCUGAAACUUUAAUGUCACGUACACGCUUUCAACAAACAGAAGAAUAUCGUUCGAUAUUUGAUUUUCUUAAACAAACAAAUCUAUCAAAUUGUCUUCAUAUUAAUCAAGAUUUUCUCUUUCUUUUUGAUUUAAUAUCAACUUUAAAAUUUCUUGAACUACAUGUUACAAAUGCUUCAUUACUUAUCGAAACAUUACGUCAACAAAUUGUAGCAUCCAGUGACACACAAUACUGGAAGAAUAGUCAUGAUUGUUACAAACCUCCAAAGGCUGUAACACCAGUGUCAUCAGCUCAAUCUACAAAUCAAAAAGAUACGGAACGAUAUAAUGAAUUAUUAGCUAAUCGAAAUAUUCUAUGUAAUUUAUUACGUACCAAUGAUAUAACUGGCUGUAGUGUUCAACUUGAAUCUAUUGAAAAUGAACUUCAAUCAUUAGUUGAAAAAAUGCGUUUAGGUGCAUCAUCACAACAACAAAUUAGAAAUGUCCCAUUGACACCACCACCUGGUUUUACUACAAAAAAUAAUAAUGAUCAACAACAGCAACAAUCAACAGUAACUAAAACUGAUAAAUUAAAAGAUUUAAUGGAACGAUGUAAAACAUUAAUUAAUACAAUUCUUGUAUUGGAUGAUCAUGUUGUUAUUGAUGAAAAUAUAAUAAAAUAUAUUCAGAAUAAUUUACCAUUUAUAAAUUCUGGAAAGAUUUCAUCAAAUGAUACUCAAUUAUAUAAACAAUAUUCUGAAUUACUUCAAAAUUUAACAUUUAUUGUUGAUGAUCUUCGACAAAAAUUACCAUCUGGUGUUAAUUUAUGA